AUACCGGUGGAAGUCCGACAAGCCUUGCCUACGCAGGGUAAGAAACAGAUUUGUCUGCGCUAUCUGUCGGCACAAGGCUGUCGGGGUAAGAACGGCAACUGCAUCAUCAAGAACCUGUGUCACUUUAAACCCGCAGCAUUGCCCGAGAUUGUCCGGGAAUUCAUUGAGAAUAAUUACGGUGGGCUGGCUACGGAUAUGCAG